UAUUGGAAUCUUUACAAUUUCAUUCUAUAUCGCAUUCUGACGUAAUGGUCAGUUAUGCCAUUUGACAUCGAUGUCAACGACUGAUGUUGUGACGUUUGACAUUGACACUCCGGUUAAUUGACUUUAACGCUUAACCUGAAAGGUCACAUCUGUCAAAAACGUUUCGAACGCAUAAUGAGUUUUUUUAAGGUACAUUUCUCAUAAGGAUCCAUCAGCUGAUGACACUUGUUUGACAUGAAUGCUGUGACGUAACCGUUUGGAAAUGUCAAUGGUGUCAUCUGACAGCUGUGACGUUUGACACAUGUUAUCUGUCAGCAGAUUCGCCAAGAUCUAAACACUGUUGACUGACAUGACAAAUGUGACAUUUCAAUAAUACAAAAUUUGACAGAUGUCAUCUGUCAAUAAAAAAAAAUUCCGAAAGCUUGUUUUAAGGCGCCAUUUUUAAAUAGAAAAAUCUUUUUAUCUCACGUAUAAUAAAGGCUAAGACUCGUGUUGGAUCGAUAAGACGUUGAGAAUCAAGGGGGAUGAAGUGGGGCCGUGUAUUGAUUUCCCGAGCGCAUGGGGGCGUGUUUCAACACUCCGGAGGGGAUGAAACGGUUCGGGGUGAAACGGUUCGAAAGGCCCCGCGGGCAAUUUAACGGUUUCACCCGUGCCAUAAGGAGUUUUCCCCGUGCAAAACCUCCAAGGGUAGUUUCACCCCCUUGGAGUGAGAGUGGGAAAUCCUCCUUGAAGCCACGUCAACGCCGAUUAAUAAAUAAACAAUCGGCGAAUAAAUAAUUCAGACAAAGACAUCGAUACAGGGUCCCCCCUGAGGCAAUUAUGGGCAUCAUUGUCCUCGCGGAUUCUCGACGACAAGGAUGACCGUUACAAAGAACGAGAACGCCAUAAAAAUCGGUCUGGGGGUGUGGGUGUGUUUCUGCGCCCUUCUAUCCCUCUACGUCUUCAUCAGGUUCCUCCGAGGGAAGCAGAGGGUCUUCAAUAACCUCCAUGUAGUCGAGGAGAGUCUAAGGAUGAUGCAGGAAGCUCUGGAGGUCGAGAGGAGGAAGAAGAGCAUCGGGUUCAUCGAGAAUCUGGAGGAUAUCAUUGGUGGGGUGGACCAGGAGGAGGAGGGUGGUAAGGAGAAGGAGAAGGAGGAGGGUGCAGCUGUGAAGGAAAGUCCCUGUAAGAAGGAGGAGGAGAAGAAGGAGAACGAGGAGGAGGAAGAAGAGGAUAAGAAAAACGUCUAGUUACUUUAAGUUGUUUUAAUGUGCUAAUAGAAAUAAAUGGAAGUGUUUUAAAUAAA